AAGCGUAGUCACUGGACGCGCCGCUACAAAUCGCAUUCGCCGUCGAUCCUCCAAACGAGCAACAGGUGCCGUUUUCUGCUGCUGCUGCUGCUGCUGCCGUGUGUGUUUUUUUGUUGUUGGUUGCACGUGCCGCGUGAUUCUUGCCACCGUUCUGAUCUUCUCUCGAUAGUGGCCGCUCGUUCAUCCGGGGCUCGUGUUUCGUACAGUGCACAAAAAAAAAGGGCACACAACACUGCAACAGGCAGAGGCAGGCGAAUCGCUUUAAAGAAAAGGCACGUGUCCGUGCGUGUUUAGGAGGAAGUGUGUUUGAUCGUGGAUAACGAAAAGUGUGUUACGGUCCCGCGGUGCUGUGUUAAAGUGUCCCCCUCUCUCUCGCUCGCUCUCUACAGCCAUGACGGCCCAAAAGCAUGGCAGCGGCAGUUCCGGAACGAUUAAGCCGGACCGGAAGAUAGUGAAGCUUUAUUUGGCCGCGAUCGGAGCCAACAUCAUCUCGCUGUCGCUGGGCACGGCGAUCGGCUGGCUGUCCCCGUUCCUGCCGCUGCUGAUCUCCCCCGACUCGCCGCUCGACCAGGGCCCGGUGACGGACGUGCAGGCGACCUGGAUCGCCUCCCUGCUGUGCAUCGGUGCGUUCGGCGGAACGCUUCUGUUCGGCUGGAGUGCGGAAAAGUUUGGCCGCAAGGCGUCACUGCUGGCGACGGCCGUCCCCCUGAUCUGCUUCUGGGGCUGCGUUGCGUUCGGGACGACGGUGGAGGUGCUGUACAUCGCCCGACUACUGGCCGGGCUCGGUGCAGCCGGCGUCUUUCUGCUGGUGCCGAUGUACAUUACCGAAAUUGCUGAGGACAGGAUACGCGGCACGCUCGGCUCAUUCUUCAUCCUGUUCCUCAACAUCGGCACGCUGGUGUCGUUCGUGAUGGGCAGCUACCUGUCCUACCACAUGACCGCCUACAUACUGUUCACGCUGCCGAUCGUCUUUCUCGCCCUGUUUCUCCAAUUUCCCGAAACGCCCCAGUACCUGAUCCGCCGGAACCGCGUCCGCGAUGCGGAAAGUUCGCUCAAGUAUCUGCGCGGCUACACCUCCACGCCCGACCAUCUGGAGAUGUUGCGCUCCGAGAUGGAUGGACUGCUGGUGCAGGUGUCGGGCGAAAAGGACAGCACCGAGCAGAACAGCAUCUCCCUGGCCGACUUUGCUCCCCCGUCUGCGAGGAAGGCGCUGCUGAUUGGACUGGUGCUCGUGUCGCUCAACCAGCUGUCCGGCUGCUUCGCCCUGAUCAACUACACCGCCCAGAUCUUUGCCGACGCCGGGUCCGAUCUCGAUCCCAACAUGGCCGCCAUCGUGGUGGGUGCGAUCCAGAUCAUCGGCUCGUACGGUUCCACCAUCAUUGUGGAUCGCUGCCCGCGAAAGCAUCUGUACAUCGUGUCGAGCUUCUUCGCCGCGAUCGGUCUGUUCGCGAUGGGGACGCACGGCUACCUGAAGAGCCAGCACGUGGACGUGAGCGCAAUCAACUGGAUACCGGUCGCGAGCCUUUCGUUCGUGAUUUUCAUCGCCUCGGUCGGCCUGCUGCCACUGACGUUUGUCAUCCUGUCGGAGAUUCUGCCCCCGAAGGUCCGUGGUCUUGGUGGCUCGAUCUGUACGGCGUUUCUGUGGAUGAUCAGCUUCCUGGUGGUGAAGUACUUCCCGGUGAUGGUGGAGCUGAUCGGGCUGCAUGGCUGCAUGUGGGUGUUUAGUGCGGUUUGCCUCUCGGCCGGCCUGUUCAACGCGAUCUUCAUACCGGAAACGCGCGGCCGCAGCAUAGAACAGAUCAUACACGCGAUGGAGAACAACAUUAAGAGCUAAUCGAAAGGGAGAUACUAUUACGGGGCAGAGGAGAUAUUCAAUUCGAAAGGUGAUCGUGAUUACCGAACCUUGUACAAAGUACUUUUAGCGUUAGCGUCCCCUGCGCCCCCUUAGUCUCCCGUUCCAAAGGUUAUGUUAUUUAUAAAAAGUGUAACCACUUUUGCUUGUACAUAUUGAUCUACCAUGUAAUGCAUUUGUUAGUCGUGCACGCUUCACACAACCCACGUGUGCAGCACAGGCAAGGAGAAAAAAAAGACACGUAGAAGUAUUGUCCGUCCCCGGUCGGGAGGGAAAGCGCCGGUUUUAUUAAAAUAAUAAUAAUAAUAAUAAUAAUAGUAAUAAAAGCCCACGUCAU